CCAAGUAGGCGGGCUCACCGCAGUAGCUCCAAGCCCAAAGCGUGAUCUUGUUGCGCACGCGCAGUACAUAGCCGAUGGAGCCACCAAUGGAGCCGUCCGGAGGGGAGCAAGAACCCGGAGCCGUCAGGCUCCUGGACCUGCCGUGGGAAGACGUGCUGCUCCCACACGUCUUGAACCGGGUCCCGCUGCGUCAGCUGCUUCGGCUGCAGCGCGUUAGCCGGGCCUUCCGGGCGCUAGUGCAGCUGCACCUGGCUGGGUUGCGCCGCUUCGACGCCACUCAGGUGGGCCCGCAGAUCCCACGGGCCGCAUUCGCUCAGCUACUUCGGGACGCUGAGGGGCUGCAGGAGCUGGCGCUGGCUCCGUGUCACGAAUGGCUAUCGGACGAGGACCUGGUGCCUGUGCUGGCACGGAAUCCGCAACUGCGGAGCGCGGUACUGGCCGGCUGCGGGCAACUGAGCCGCCGUGCGCUUGGAGCGCUGGCUGAGGGCUGUCCCCGGCUGCAGCGCCUGUCGCUCGCGCACUGUGACUGGGUGGACGGGUUGGCGCUGCGUGGCCUGGCUGACCGCUGCCCAGCCCUGGAGGAGCUGGACCUCACCGCCUGCCGCCAGCUCAAGGACGAGGCCAUCGUGUACCUGGCACAGAGGCGCGGCGCUGGCCUCCGCAGCCUCUCGUUGGCAGUUAACGCCAACGUUGGGGAUACUGCGGUCCAGGAGUUGGCUCGGAACUGCCCACAACUCGAGCACCUCGACCUUACCGGCUGCCUCCGCGUGGGAAGCGAUGGCGUCAGGACAUUGGCUGAGUACUGCCCGGCCCUGCGGUCUCUGCGGGUGCGGCACUGCCACCACGUGGCCGAGCCUAGCCUGAGCCGCUUGCGGAAGCGCGGCGUGGAUAUCGACGUGGAGCCGCCCCUGCACCAGGCCCUGGUGCUGCUGCAGGACAUGGCAGGCUUCGCACCCUUUGUCAAUCUGCAGGUCUGACUGAUCCUCCAGUCGGUGGAAGCACAGCUGGACUGUGUGACUGGGGCCUGGCACUGAGUUGUACAAAAACAGAACUGUGGAGACCUCUAGGGAGAGGCCAGUGCCCUGUCCCACCAUGAAACUUCAAAUAAACAGCUUUUUACCC